AUGGCCUCGCCGCGCGCCUCGCGGUGGCCGCCGCCGCUGCUGCUGCUGCUGCUGCCGCCGCUGCUGCUGCUGCUGCCCGCCGCCCCCGCGACGUGGGGCCAGUCGCCCUCCCCGGGCCCCGGCGCGCCGAGCGGGACGCCCCUCGCCGGCGCGAAGCUGGAGCGGCGGUCCGAGACGGGCGCCGAGCGCGAGCUGCAGGCGCGGCCGCCCACGCCGCCCCGGGAGCGCCGCGCGCCCGAGACCUCCGGCCCCCGCCACACGGCCCCGGGGCCGGGCGCCGCGACACAGCGGGGACCCUUGGGCUGGUCCCCCCGAGGCGGGAGCGCGGCUACUGUAAGGGACCAUAGGCCAGAAAGUGACACUGAACUCCACAUAGAAAACGUCACCGUUAAUCACAAUCAAGUGGACUUUUCAACAGUGGCCUCCAAAGAGGGCGUGAAGGCUCAGACCCCCAGAAAGAGCCAUGCUUCUUCAGAUGCCCCAGAAAACUCUACUCUACAAACUGCAGCAGCACAUGCUGAAGGAAGAAACAACUCUUCAAGGAGAACAGAUUUCGCCAUUUCCUCUGUUGGGCCUGAGAUAGCAACAGCUCUGACUUCCCACAGCAGCACCGUAGCCUGGGGAAGACGGCACCUGCCAUCCAGCAGUUCAAGGUCAGAAGGAAGAACAGCCCCUUCUCACACGGACAGCGAGAGUGGAACAUCGUGGGGUUCCCUGGUAAGAGGGAUGGGGCUCCCAGAAGAAGUGACUGUGCACACCCAAGUGGCUGCCACUUCGGUUUUGAGCCAAUCCUCUCUUCCUGCUUUGGAGAUGGGAGAAGAGACCACACCCUUCAGGAAGAGAAAUUCCUUGGGACCAGAGCCUUCCUGGCUCCAUUUGUCCAGAGCGCCGGCUUCCUCUCCUCCCUCAGAUCAUUCCACAUCUUCUAAAAGUAUGGAGGAGCUAAACAAAUCCACUGCUCUCCAGAGCCCCUCAGUCAGUUGGAUAAAGCGUGUGCACGUUGCCACCACAUUCCCCGAUGGUGUCCCAAGGACACUCCAGUCUUUGACCGUCAGUCCAGGACCUCUAAAUGAGACAGAGAGUUUCCCCAUGGACUCUGAAAUUGCCACGACUUCAGCAUCAGUCAAUUCUACACCCUCUGAGGCAGAAUUGAAAGGAAACAGUGAAGUAAUCAGCAAUCCAGGGGAUGGGAAAUUCAUCGAGCCGUCCACAAAAAAUGGAUUUGGCCUUACGUCAUCCGAGGUCUCGGUGGGAUUUUGGCAAAAUGAUUCCCCAACCUCCAGAGGACACCAGCUUGCCAGCAGCUCUGACGCAGAGAACAGAAGCCGCGUGUCUCCGACUGAGACUGUGUCUGGGUCCGUCCCAUUGGUCACAGGUGGAGAGAGCACGGCACGCUCGUUCUUGAUCGACAGCAAGACAUUCACAGACGCGACAGGAAGCUCUACUUUCUAUCCUGACGUUGUGAACGCUUCAGUUUUGACUCAGUUCUCAGCCUCUGCCCCACAGAGUAGAGGAAGCGACACGGCGCUGGGUGAUAGGAGUUACUCUGAGCCGGCCACCGAGUCUUUGUCUUCACCUUCCUCAGAAAGCCCGAAUUCCUCUGCACCUCGCGGUGAACGCUCGACCACUGAAGACAGUCCAGAGCUGGGAGUCAUUUCCGAGGCGCAGGAGGGGACUUCCGAGGGGACGUCUGGAGCCCGUGCUCAUAGCCCGCACACUUCAGCCACUUCCACUGGAAACGGAGAGCGCACGCUGCGGUCUCUCACCAACGGGAGCACAACUCCUGGGGAAGCGGGGCGCUCUGUGGCAGCGCCCAGAGAAACAGAGACUGCCACUCAGCAGGGGAAUGUGACCGUGACUGGUGACGCCCACCUGGUCUCGGGUUCACUGGCGGCCUCGAGUGCCUUCGGAGUCACUGGAGAUAGCUACGAUCCAGUGAGUGGCACAGACGUUGAAGAGAGGAGUUCUAGCGACCACACAGACCACACCUAUGUUUCAUCUACUUUCGCCAAAGGAGAACGGGCAUUGCUCUCCAUUACAGACAACAGUUCAUCCUCAGACAUAAGGGAGAGUUCAACUUCUUCUAUUACGAUCUCAAACUCAUCACAUUCAGACUAUUCUUCCUCUUCUCAGGCUCAGACUGAGCAAAGUAAUGUCUCAUCCUAUGAAGGGGAAUAUGCUCAGCCUUCUACUGAGUCACUAGUUCUGCGUACAGCCAACCCUCCGUCCUACACACCCACCAUUAAUAUGCCAAGCACUUUGGUUCUUCUGAACACUAGUACUGGCUCACUUGGUGACUCAUCGUCUUCUUCAUCAGGGUCCCCUUUGCCUCUGCCCUCAGUGUCACAAUCCCACCAGUUGUUCUCAUCCACCUUACCAUCAACCAGGGCCUUCACUCACCCACUGGAGUCCACUCCUGGUGCGCCCACACCGUUGUCUUCCUCACCACCACCUUCACCGAUACCCCUGACAGCCUCUACCUUUGCCUCGCUGUCUGUCUCCCAGACAACCCUACCACCUUCAUCUUCUACCCUGGUGCUGCCCGCAGCAAGGGACCCUCCUGUGACUUCAGUUUGGAUGUCUACAAUAGCGUCUGUGUCAAUGCUCCCCGGUAGUCAAACAGCAGAUCCUAAGAACCAGAGCAACCGACAGCAUGAGCAAAUCAUUACGGAAUCAAAGCUAGAGACCCUGGAGUCUCUGCCCACAGAGGCCACCAAAGCUGUGACAGUGAGGUCUACUCUGGGGAUCCCUAUGCCUCCGGCCUUAACAGAGUCUUCCACUGAGCAAACCCUUCCAGUCACAAGCACCGGCAUAGCCCAAAUGUCUCCAGCUUUGACAACCACCACUCUCGAGACCUCUUCUCCCCCUGUGACCACUCCCAGGCCCCCAUCGAACACAGCAGCUGUGACGGCUGGCCCCACAGCAGUACAGACUACAGCCAGAAAACAGCUCUUGCCAACCAGUCCUGAAACUGUAGCACCACAAAUCUCGACAGAAGGUCCUGUCACCACAAAAAGGAGCCAAGUCUAUAUAGAUGCUACCACCCAAUUGGUCUCCCUGACCAGUGUACCCACCUCAGCAAAAGAAUUGACCACAGUGCUUGGCAUUACAGAAGAGUACAGCCCGACGUCACAUUUCCUCAGAACAUCUCCUUCUCCCGAAACCACAGACGUUUCUACCACUGAAGUGCUGACUCCUAAAUCUACCACCUUCGCUGCUCAGAGCAGCACGCAGCCACCAACAGCAUCGUCAUCUCCAGCCUCAGAUGUGAAUGAAUGCCGCUCGAACCCCUGCCCACCCCUGGCCAUGUGCAACAAUACUCAGGGAUCCUUCACCUGCAAAUGCCCGGUUGGGUAUCACUUGGAAAAAGGAAUAUGCAGUUUGGUCAGAACCUUCGUGACAGAGUUUAAAUUAAAGAAAACGUUUCUUAAUAUCACCAUGGAAAAACAUUCAGACCUACAUGAAGUUGAAAAUGAGAUCACCAAAAUAUUAAAUGUGUGUUUUUCAACAUUACCUGGUUAUACCCGAUCCACAGUUCAUGCUUCUAAGGAGUCCAGCGCAGUGGCUGUGUCACUACAGACCACCUUUUCCCUGGCCUCCAACGUGACUCUCUUUGACCUGGCCGACCAGAUGCAGAAAUGUGUCAACUCCUGCAAGUCCUCUGCUGAGGUCUGCCAGCUCUUGGGAUCUCAGAAGCGGAUCUUCAGAGCAGGCAGCUUGUGCAAACGGAAGACUCCGGAGUGUGACAAAGAGACCUCCAUCUGCACUGACCUGGACGGCGUGGCGCUGUGUCAGUGCAAGUCGGGUUACUUUCAGUUCAACAAGAUGGAUCACUCCUGCCGAGCGUGUGAAGAUGGAUAUAGGCUUGAAAAUGAAACCUGUAUGAGUUGCCCAUUUGGCCUUGGUGGUCUCAACUGUGGAAACCCCUAUCAGCUCAUCACCGUGGUGAUCGCAGCCGCAGGAGGGGGGCUCCUGCUGAUCCUGGGCAUUGCGCUGAUUGUCACCUGUUGCAGAAAGAAUAAAAAUGACAUCAGCAAACUCAUCUUCAAAAGUGGAGAUUUCCAGAUGUCCCCGUAUGCUGAGUACCCCAAGAACCCCCGCUCACAAGAAUGGGGCCGAGAAGCGAUUGAAAUGCAUGAGAAUGGAAGCACCAAAAACCUCCUCCAGAUGACGGAUGUGUAUUACUCGCCCACAAAUGUAAGGAAUCCUGAACUUGAACGAAAUGGACUCUACCCGGCCUACACUGGAUUGCCGGGGUCACGGCAUUCUUGCAUCUUCCCCGGACAGUAUAACCCAUCUUUCAUCAGUGAUGAGAGCAGGAGAAGAGACUACUUUUAAGUGCAGAAGACAGAGGGCCCCAUUGCUCUGAGCGAGUUGCCCGGGACCUCUGUUGCUCAGAGGACUGCACAAGGUGGGAGCACCAAACACUGGCUGCUCCCACGGUUUGUGGAGCCGCACUUGAGUGGCAGGCAGAAAGUGGGACAGGCGUGAGGGGCGUUGACCACAGUGGAAGGGGGCAGAUGGAACCUGUGGACGAGGAACUGCAGGCUGCUCUUUCGGCACCUUCGUUGUUACUGUGAAUGUGAACGUGGGCCAGUACCGGGAGAGUCUCUCAAUGACGCGGCAUGGACGCUGGCUCAAGGGUGACUGUUAGCGAGGGCAGAUCAUUAGGCAUCACGGCAAGAACCCAGUUUUUCCUUAGUUUGCACUUUAGUAAAUUGAGUAGGGAGGUCUCUCUUGGGAUCUUUUUUCAAGACUGUUCCAGAAAGAAGGCCUCUUUUCCUGAGACACUUCCAUAGGCCUCAGUUUGGUGAUGAAUUUACAGCAAAAUACUGGCUCUUUAGUUUUCCUGCCUAGUACCUACAAGCUAACCCACAGCUGAUGAUGAUGAUGAUAAACACACCACUAAGGUUUGGAGAUGCUGUAGGUUAACGUACAGUAUUUUCAUAUGUUUCUAGGUCUUCUUGUGCUACAGUUUCCAAGCCAACCCCCAAAAUGAGGAAUUGAAAUUUGUGGGGCACAGCACACAACUCCGGUUUGUUUUUGUAGUCAAGGUGACACAUUUAUUUAAGAUUCUUUUUUCCCUCUGCAGUUAAAUCUCACUUUUUCAAAAAAGUCUGGAUCAGGGCAAAGCGGCUUCCAUUUGGUUUUCGUUCGAGGCCGCCAGCUGCCCCGUGGUGAGGCCCAGCAGGCAGUAGCCAGCACUGGCACUGGGCGAAGGCCCUGGUGGAAGAUUUACAGAGCUGCAGGCGUUGGGGCACUUUGCAUCCCCUCCAUCUUUGAGGCUGAGGCUGCUCUGUAUGGAGUAGAAAUGGAAAGCUGAAUGCAGGUUGGGUCUGAGCUAGUAGUUCACCACUAAAGGAAAGGCAGCAUGGUGUAGUCGCUGCAGCUGAAUGUGGUUAGAGGUAUGGGCAGACUAGGCUAGUUCGAUUUCCUGAAACACCAGUGCUUUAGGAAGCUGUGCGCCUUCCUGAGGAAGAAGAGGGAGCUGGGGUGGAGCCACACGGGAGUCUGCUCACCUGCUAGUGCGCCAUCUUGAUUGUAUCCCUGAUCUCGUCCUCACACUCAGUGUAAACUUUCAGCUGACCGCUCAAAGCUAUUUAUUCAUUGAAGACAUAACUUAUUUGCUCUCAUCCAGUGGUUUGUACCUCUUUGUACUACUCCUUAGUUCCCUCCAGAAACAUGGUUAUCAUUCAAGUCAGCCUUGGAGAACUGAAGACUCCUGGCCAGUUAGGGAGUCGAAAGUCUGCCUUUGGGAAGGGAAUUCCCUGGGUCUUAUUUAUUAUGCCUGUGACGUGGGUCCUGUGAGGGGGGCGUAUCCAAUGCUCAGUGUCUUUAACUGCUUCUUGUGGAACUGUGAUUGUUCUUGUCAUCUCGUCAUCUGCUUUUGAAACAUCUUGGUUUGGGAUGAAGUGAAGAGAACACAGAUAAAAGAAUUGUUCCCACCCUGAGGCUUUGGAGCUCGGUGGCACCCACGUUUCUGGAACUGGUGCAGCCUUUGGGGACAGUUCUGUCCUGGGCGUGGUUGUUUCUUCGACGUUCUCUAAUCUCUUCAGAAUGUAUCUAAUCCUUAUUCUUAUGUAAUCCUUGUCCUAACAGUUGUAAGUACAAACUCCUGUGUCCCAUGGUCUCCGAGUCACUGCCACCCUGCUACAGCAGGAAUGCUAGUCAGAUGCAGUGCCUCUUGAUGGUUCAGUUGCACUCAUCUCAUGUGAUAGAUACAAAAAGAACUCAGUUUUUGUCAGUGGAUGCCCACUUAAAAUCUCAGAGCAUCACCUUUUUGAAAUCUUGGGUCUCGCAUCUCUCUGUGGAACCAAACAGCUCUUUGUGGCUCACGGCCUUACAUCUCACUGGAGUGCUCGAGCUCCUGCACUCAGCCCACUGAGCCAGCCGACUUGGAUCCCUCAUGAGGUGGCCUAGCUUCCAGGCUCUUGACGCUGAUCCUGGCUCAUCCCCAGGACCCAGAGCCACGGCGGGGGGCUGUUCCUGGGCAUACACGUCUGCCACCUUCAGCUGACCUCAUAGCUGCCAAAUCGUCUCCUAUAUCAGGGCCAGAAGCUAGAAGCUCCACAAAUGAAGUGUCUGUCCCAAAAGCAUUCUGGAGAAGAAUCCCAAAGUCCAGAAAGAGUCCUGUGAGUUCCAAGAAUGCUUUCCUGUGAAUGGGUUUUGUGCAUAUGAAGUGGAUUAAGAAUGUUGUUUUGUGCGUGUGAAGUGGAUUAAGAAUGUUGUUUUUCUUUCACUGUGAAAAAAGGAGGCGCUCUGCAAGGUUGAGUUCACAUCAUAGCUGCAAUUUCUAGGAGGCUCGUGGGUCUGGGGAACAUGCAUCUAAGAAGGCCUGGAAACAGCAUGACUCUUAGCCAGUGCCAGCUGCCCGCCCGGGGUGAGGAAGGGACAGGCGAGCUUCACUCCUGCUUGGGGUUCAUACCUCCAGAAGAGUCCUGCCUGGGCCGAAGGGAAACAGCUGUGGGACAGCAGCGUCUGGACUGUAGGGACAGGGUUGGGUGCACCCAUGGCAAGCAGAAACUCUCAGCUCUGGCCCAGAUGCUCAGUGUAGCCCCCACACCUGGAAUGUGUGAUUCAUGAACUCAGAAGUGCCACAGUCCUGCGUUGGGGCCCCAUAGCUGGGGGAGGGUGGGAAGAAGAGAAAAGUGACACUUAACUGCCCAUGAGACACUGAAACUUCUGUAGGGAAGAGCAGGCCCAAAUGGACCCAUGUGUCCCAUAACAUACCAGAACACAGAGACUCAGAGCAAGGCGGUGCUGGCCUGCUGGCCUCCCAGCAUCUGUGGGUUUUGUUUAAGCUCCAGAGGGUCUUAUUUCUCGUGUCGUCUCCUCUUUGCCCACGAGCCAGCCCAGGGCACUGGAGACAAUUUAGGAAGUCUAAAUAGUCCCACCUAGCAUCUCGCAUGUUUCUCCCGCGGCCCGGUUCUGUGCCAGGGACUUGGCCUCACUACACCCUUGUGAGGAGGGCAUGAGAGUGCCUACUUCUCAGACGGGAACGUUCAGAGAGGAUAAACAUCUUGCCUUGCAGAGCCAGGAUUCAAACUCUUCUGCCUGGCUUGCACUUCCCACUGUACCUCCCUGCCUCACCUUCCUGGCAGAUGCCCCACCAUCCAGUGUACUUUAAAUAUCAAAGAGGGCAUGAGAAAGUGGGCUUAAAAUGUUUUUUUAAAGAAACUUAAUUUUAUUAAGCAGUAACUAAACUAAUAACAUGAAGUGCAAGAAAUUGUUAAAUCCCCUUUUGAAAAAGUCCUUUAGGUUUGUUGUUACAUAUAUUUCUUGAACGCUUGUGUCAUCAUUAAGAAAACAGUGGCUGGCUCAUGUUUAGCAAGAAGCAUCUUGGUACAUAGCUUUGAACGUAGGAGGUGUAAGGUGAUGACCUGGGUUUUUGACAAACACAGCCAGACUUAGACGUCCCUCUGAGGGCUGCUUCACCUGGUUGCCGUGGUAGGGCCGUGGCUUCCAUAUAUUGGAAGCAUAUUUUCAUGAACAUUAUCAGAGUCAGGAACAUAUUCAGUCAAAUGUCUUAAAUGCUGACAAAUCUCCCCCUUUGCCAAAAGUUUAUCUUCAGAAGCAGCUGAGUCGUUUAGAGCCAAAAUUUCUGAAUAGAUAGUGUCAUCAAGCUGGCUGAUAGCAAUGGAGGUCAAAAACUAAGACGUGACUAUUAGGUUUUUGAAGAGGUAACUCUUAAAGUUGGCCCAAAUGGGAGGGCAGCAUCUCUGCAAUGCAAGACUGGAUGGCUGCUGAAGAAAGUGUCUUUGAAGGAUGAUGUAUUUAUCCAGAUGUGAAAGUUCCCAGAGCAGACACGUUAGGGUCAUCCUUCGCACGUGGCUUUUGGGGGCCUCCAUUAAGCCGUUGUGCCCCCUGGUGAAGUGCCCGGGUGCCCUGUAACUCUGUGAACUUUGCCUGAAGAAACUAGAGCUGUCAGUCCAGUUGCUUCUGGCUUAGUUUAGCCUAACAAGCCCAAAACUAGGAUUUUGACCCACAGUUCCAAAACUAGGAUUUUGACCCACAGUUCUAAGAUACACUGAUUUUGAAAGUAGAGCACUUCUUUGGAGAGAGGAACAAUGCAAAGUUCAGUAUUUCAGUAUUUUGUAUCUUAUUUAAAACUACCCUUAAUAUCAGAGAUAUUUUUUCUAUAGGAAAACUUUUGUGGGGAUUAGAAGGGACAUUUCGUUUCCUCCUUGACAAAGCAUCAUUCUGAGGUUCUUGUGUGCAUUUUUAUACGGUUUUGUAGAGUUGGCUUUUGAAUAUGUGUUCUUUUUUCUUUGUCUUUUCUUAAAUCCCCAGAGAAGGAAACUGAUUAAAAUAAUAGGAACAUUAAAGUAUUAAAUGUCAGUUAAUUUGUUGUGCUAAAGUAUCUUUUCAGUAGUGUUACAAUCCAUCCUAUUUGGUUUAAACUGCUCACAGAAAAGCCUGGGAAACCAAAGGGGACAAUUAAGGUCUGGAAAGAGAUCUUAGACUGGCUCUCUCCUCUUGGCAUUUUUAAAGAGGAGAUUUCAAAGGAUUUGUGUAUUAGAUUCUGGCUUUAUCAGGGUUUUUUUGGACACAUAAUAAUGCACUUUAGGUGCAGAGUUCUUGAGUAGGAAGGAUGGGACCAGACAGGGAUGGGAUGAAACCAGUCUACCUGGGAAACUAACCUAGGUUUCUGUAUUACCUGGCCUGUUUUCUUUAAAAAAAGACCUUUUAUCAAGGGUUACUGUGAGUUUUGUUAAUGUUUGUGUUGCUGGAUUUAUGGUUAAAUGGAGCAUGUAGCUGGAAUAUUAACUUUCUGAGUGUUCACGUUGUCCUGGAUUUCUCUUCGCAAACCUUUAAACCUUACCCCCUGGUUGACUGUGUUAAACCCAUUAUGAGAAUGUUAUUUAAAGUUGUAUUAUAAUUGCAACCUCCACUAAUUAUUCAGUACUGUAGCAGCAAAGUAUUAUUUGUAAGAAUUCGGUUAUUUUUAUACUUAUAUCCACUAUAAGUCUGGCGUUCUAGUCAGUAAAAUGAUGCAAUAAAAUAAAUAUUUUCAUCGUG